GCAGGUUUGAACACAGAAGCCAGAUUACGGUGAGGAUUUCAACCCAACAAGAUUACCUCUAGAUUUAAGUACCUUAUUUAGUUCCCAGCAAUGAAAAUCAGCCGUAAGCUUGUCUGUUGGGAGCGUAUAUAAAGGCAGCCUCCUGAACACGACCCAAUCUGGUGGAGAAACACAACCAGAACUUUGACUUUAACCACUGCUGCUGCACUAACCCUAAACAGACUCUUCCAGAAUGGGAUCCUUUAAGCUGGCCCUGCUGCUGGUCUUUGUCUCCUGUGUGGAGCUCAGUCUGUCGGCCUCCUGCAUCGUCGACAGCUUCUCGGUCAAACAAGACUUCGACCCCAAGAGGUAUGCGGGGAAGUGGUACGCACUGCAGAAGAAAGACCCGGAGGGACUGUUCCUGCAGGACAACAUCUCAGCUGAGUACACCAUCGACGAUGACGGCUCCAUGACAGCCUCCUCCAAGGGACGGGUCACUCUGUUUGGCUUCUGGGUGGUGUGUGCAGACAUGGCUGCUCAGUACUCCGUCCCUGACCCCACCACGCCUGGAAAGAUGUUCAUGAACUACCAGGGUCUGGCCAGCUACCUCUCCAGUGGAGGGGACAACUACUGGGUGAUUGACACCGACUACGACAACUACGCCAUCACCUAYGCCUGCCGCACCCUGAAGGAUGACGGCAGCUGCGAGGACGGCUACGCCCUGGUGUUCUCUAGGAACCCCCGGGGCCUCCCUCCUGCAAUCCAGCGCGUGGUCCGCCAUAAACAGGAAGAGAUCUGCAUGGCCGGACAGUUUCAGCCCGUCCUGCAGUCAGGGGCCUGCUGAGCAGAGGGACGUGUGCCAGCGAGUCGUGGGUUCAACAGCAAGGAGAGUCACAGAGUGCAAGCGGGAGAGAUUAUUAAUCUGUGAGAGUGACAGGAAAAUAAAACAAAAAUGAAGAAUUUAAAAUCCACCUUUUCUUGUUUUCCUCUCUUCAUCCUCAUUUGUUCAUGUUUAAUCUGUUGUGUUACUUUGGAGUGAAGUUUUGAGUGAAUGUAAAGUUAAAAAUAAAGAUUUUUUUAACAAAUA